CAGUUACUUGUUAGUUGGCAUUUCAGAGUGAAACAUUGACCCUCUCUGCUGUUAACAUGACAAGUCUGCUUCUUGCCGUGGCCUUGCUGGCUGUGCUGUCUGGUGGGUUCUGUGAGGAGAAGACCUUUCUGCAACGAGCUGGUGUGGCCUUCAACGACAGACAGUACAGGUCUCUGCUGACUGUUCCCAACGGAGAGCAGUUUGGAGGCUGGACCUGGCCAGAGAUGUGUCCUGAAAACUUCUUUGCUGUUGGAUUCAGUGUCAGGGUGGAGACUAACCAGUAUGGGGGGGAUGAUACCGCCCUGAAUGGAAUCCGCCUCAUCUGCGCAAAAAAUGGAGACAGAAGCUUCCUCUUUUACAUUGAAUCCCACACUGGCUAUUUUGGUGAGUGGUCCCAUCCUCAGUACUGCCCCAGUGGUGUGCUCACUUCUUUCCAGAUUCGCGUGGAGCCCCAUCAGGGGAUGUUUGGUGAUGACACGGGUGUUAACAACAUUAAGUUCCGCUGCAGCAGCAACCCGACACUGGAGGGGUCCGGCAUGACCUGGGGUGAGUAUGGCUACUGGAGCCAGGAAUGUCACGAUGGAGGAAUCUGCGGUAUCGAAACCAAGAUGGAAGAUUACCAGUAUGCCCUGGAUGAUUCCACCCUUAAUGAUGUGCGCUUCCAUUGCUGUGACAAACAGCAGCAGUGAUCUGCAGGCAAGAAGCUCACUUCAGAAUGCCUCCAAGACCAUCGCAUCAAAGACGGCAUUAAUAAAAAUCUCUUUUAAAAUGA